UUCAAAAUUAAAUUAUUCAAUGAAUUGUUCGUUGCAUGAAUAUUGGAAAAAAGUUAACAAAGCAUAGAUCUUCAUCAAACAACAUCGUUCCAGAUAAUUCAAUGUUUCCCAAGAACUAGAAUCUUGUCGUAAGUACCACAGAUUCGAAAAUGGACAUCGAAGAGGUACCAUCGACAUCCUUGGGUGACGCCGAUCUGCAGCUAGAAGUUAUCGCCGAAACACCCAUGGACACCGAAGACAAUAACCAGCAAUCCGAUGCGGUUUGUAAAUUCCUCAACGGUGAAAUCUCCUUCACCGAUUACCUCGACCGAAUGGACAAAAUCGCCGAAGCAAGCACCGUUCAAACCGAUGCACAAGAUGAUACUAAAUCUGUACUAGGAGACAUCAUCGACGAAGCCGAAGUGCUCAGUUCGUCAGAUGAAAACUCCGAAGACGAAUCGAAGCCAGCUAAACCCAGAGGUGUAAGACGUACCGGUCGAUCCAAGUUAUCAGCUACGUUACGCGGUGUUAUGGGUCAAGCUAACGUAUGUUACGCUCAAGGCGAUACCGAAACGGCGGUUAAAAUGUGCUUAGAAAUAAUCAAAGAAGAACCCCAAGCUUCCGAACCGUUCAAAACAUUGGCUUCGAUUUACGAAGAAAUGGGCGAAUCGGAGAAAGCUGUACAGAUGCGAUUGAUAGCUGCUCAUCUAGGUCCGGCUAGCAAAGAAGAAUGGAUGGAGUUAGGUCAAAUGUUGAAGAAAAAAGGCCAUCAUAAACAAGCUGUUAUGUGCUACACGAAAGCUAUCAAUUACGAUGAAUUGAAUUUAGAGUUAUACGAGUUAAGAGCUUCGUUGAUGAAAGAAGCUCGUAUUCUUUCGGUCGAGGUUUACGGUUUCCUCAGAAUACUCUACAAAUUAGAUCCUCAAAGAGAAGGUAAAAAGUUACUCGAUUUAUGUAUCAAAGUAGCACGAAUGUAUUAUAACGAAAAGAAAUACGAGAAAUCGUGCAAAACGUUGAAGUACGCUUUUGAAAAACGACCAGAUUUGAUCAAAGACGCCGAAGUCAAUUUGUACCUCGAUAUUUUAAUCACUACGCUUAAUUUCCACGAAUGUCUCAACGUGAUGGCUAAAUUCUGCAGCGUCGAGUUUCAAACAACCGAAGAUCCUUUUACCAUCGUAGAGUGCAUCGUACCCGAAGAAAUACCCAUCGAUCUUCGGGCCAAACUCAUCGUAACAUUAAUCCAUUUCGAUUCGUUUGAAAACGCCAAAAUACAAAUAGACAUCUUGCUCAAAGAGAAUCCAGAUAUCAUGGGCGAUCUAUUCUUCGACGUAGCCAUGGAGUUAAUAGACAAAGCUCAGUUCGAAGACUCGAUCACGUUACUCGAACCUCUCACUCAUACCGAAAGUUUCAACUCGGUUACCUUAUGGUUUAAAUUGACUCACUGCUACAAAGAAACCAAUAAAAUCAAAGAAUGCCACGAAGCAUUCCGUAGAGCUCUACAAUGCCAUCCUGACGAUAAAGAUCUCAAGUUGAAAUUCUGCGAAGAACUAAAAUCAGCUCAUUUGUACCAAGAAGCUAUCGAAUUGACCAAAGACGACGACAUGAGCGUUUUGAUCUACGAACGAUGCAAUAUGUAUUACCUGAUCAAAGACUACGAGAACUUCAUCGAAACCGGACUUCAAUUAUUUCGUUUACAUUGCAAAGAAAUCAAAACAAUCGAAGACUACAGUCUGCUCCUAGAUGCUCUACGUUCGACUAAAUCAUUCAAAGAUGUAGUUUCACCCUACGUUCCGAUCACAGUCGAUACUUCGGUUACUGUCGAACAAGAAUGGGACAUAUUCGUCAAAAUAUUCGAUAUCUACGCCGAACGCAAAGAUUACGACCUUUUGCAACAACUCACUCUGGAUUUAUCCCUUUCGUAUAAAUUCAACUCGGUCAAAGAUCAGCUCAGAGUAGCUGUGGCUAUCGCAUCGUUCCUCAACCAUGAUUACGAAAUAGCUUACGAUAUGAUGAGAUAUUUCAUAAUACAAGCCAAUAAGAACUCGUUGAAGUUCUGGAACUGUUUCAAUCUUUUCACGUAUUACUCGAGUUACAGCCGAAUACACAAGUUCUUAAUUCGCUACCUGAUGAGAGCUUCGGAGAAUAACAGUUUAAUCGUAUUAUUUGCCAAUAACUGUUUAACAGCUGGAACGUACAAGUAUGCUCUGAACGAUUACAGUAUAGUGUUUCAAGAUAAAGAAACCUCCAUGGUAGCGUUACUUUUGGCUGUCGCUGUGUUACAUAUGUCGUGUUCGAAAUUUUCCACUAAUAGGCAUUCGUUUACGUCGCAAUGUUUAGCCUUUCUGUAUAAAUAUCAGAAUCUGAGAGGCGAACCGAUGAAUCAAGAAAUUAAUUAUAAUUUCGCCAGAGCUUUUCAUCAACUUGAAUUAUUUCCUCAAGCUAUACAUUAUUAUAAAAAAGCUUUAGAGUGUAAACCUGCGGUUAGCGAUAUGUACGAUUUAAAGGCAGAAAUCGCCUAUAAUUUGCAUGUAAUUUAUAUGAGCUCCGGUCAACCGAGAGUUGCGAAUAUGUACUUACAGAAAUACGCCGUUAUAUAAUUUUGUCAAGUUUUUUUUUUUUUAUAAUGUACGUUUAUAAAAUACAUGAAUGGUUCUAAA